GGGCAAACUUGGAUCGAUUCAAAUUGGAUUGUAUCUUUUCUCCUCAACAAAGGCUAAGAUUUUAGAAAUGAACUUGACUAGUCCACUUACUAGAGCGAAAGCUCGAGAGCUAGCUCUAGCACAAUCUCCUUCAAGAUCUGUCCUAACUGAACCGCUUUAUACGUCUCCUCGAAGGAGUUUGUUUGACAACACCGACGAUAGCGCAGGUCUAAGCAGACGAAAAACGAUUUCUCGCUCGGGAAGAAAGUCAAAAAACACAAAGUAUUCUUUUUCAUCAGACGACAAAGAAAACAUUUCUAUUCACAGAAGUCCAAAAUCUAGAGAGGAAAGCAGUUUAAGCAGUCAAAAGGGGCAAGGAAAAGCGAAGGAAUCUUACCAGAUAGAUCAAAAUCUUGGAAAUGCCUUUCAAAAAGAUGGAACGACAUCCUAUUCAACGCUAUCUUCGCCUCCUUAUUUUUCCAAAACCUCGAAUUCAGAACGAGUCGUAGAAGAUAGUAGCCCCUUGACGUCAAAUUCUCUUGAUCCUAAAAAUUCAUCAUUACAUUCUAAUAGUAAUGAAAGAAAGAAUCGUUCUUUCAUGCAAUCAAGUAUUGAUUCCAAGAAACGAAAUCAUUCAAAGGCAAAUGUAUUUAAAUUGUUGUUGAUUCUCUUUCUUGCUUUCAUCCUUAUUGGGACAUUUAUCGUUUUCUCCCUCAGAACAAAUACAACUUUGGAAUCGUCGAGAAGACAGUUUACUUCCUACAGGAAUAUGUUGGGAUGGUUUCGAGCGAUCUUUUAUCGUCCGAAAAACGAAAGAGAUAGCUUUGAAACGGCACUUUCAUUCAUGAUUACACAGAUUACUGAUUUGGCAAUAUCCUUGGAGCAGAAAAAGAAUCAUCCAGAAGCAAUUCUACACAGUAUUCAGGAUAUAAUGGAAAAGACUGAAAACAUUCUCAAAGAGGGCAUUCCUUAUCGUGAGUUGAGAGAAUGGAGAGAAACUCUUUAUCGACAACUUUUCAACUUUAUCAAUCUCCAUGAAGUGAAUGAUAUCUCUUCAAAUGAUAUCAUUGCUAGACUUUUAGAAUCAAAGCUACGACUGUAUUAUAAGUUGACUAAGCAAGACUAUGCCCUUUCAUCCGAAGGAGCCAAAGUUAUAUGUUCAACACCUUCCAAGCUUCGACAACAGAGUAGAUACUGGUUGGCACGAAUGGCUUCCUUCUUAGAUCCAUCCAUCAAUACUACUGUUCUUCGUUAUCCAAAAGGACCAGAGACUAUAUUAUCGGAUAAUGUAUCUGUUGGAAACUGUUGGGCAUUUGCUGGAAAGACAGCAACGGUUACCAUUCAACUUUCCAAAACUAUUCAACCAAUUGCAUUUUCAUUGGAGCAUAUCAUCAACUUGGACUCUAAAAAUGUUCUCAAUGCACCAAAAUUGUUUCGAGUUUAUUUGAUACAAGACAAUAAGUCAGAAAAUGGACAAAGAUUGGAUUGGCUCGUUGGUACUUAUCAAUACUGCAUUGAGAAAAGGAGUAGACAAUUAUUUCCUGUGCGGUUCCAGAACUUGCCAUAUAUUGACAAAAUCAGACUGGAGAUUGUUGAUAACUAUGGUGGUGCGUAUACAUGCCUGUAUCGCUUUAGGGUUCAUGGUCAUGAACAACAAGAAAGCUCACUUCAGCAGUAGUAUCCCAGCGUCUCCCAUACUAUCCAAUUAAG